AUGUCCACCGGUCAAUGUGGGAUGUGGCAAGAGGCCCUUCCAAGGGUGGCCUUCUGUGAAGGCCGCGGCGGGGGCAAGUCCUUGCCCAGUCACGACCUUAAAGCCCAUGGAGCUCCGUUCGACGUAAUCUCUUACAACUGCGCGAUCAGUGCGAGCGCUUGGCAAGAAGCUCCGCGCUUGCUCCAGGAGAUGUGCGCCAAGGGGCAUGAUUGGAGUGCGGUGACCCUGAAUGCUGCCAUGACGGUCUGCCAGAGAACAGCUCAGUGGCUCAAGUGCGUGGCUCUGCUAAGGUGCUUCAAGGCAAGGCUGCUAAAGCCAACGCAGGUAUCAUAUGCUGUGUCAAUAGGUGCCGGCGAGUGGCAGGCUGGAUUGCUCCUCUUGCAGAGGAUGCUUGUUGUACACCUUCGCCCGAAUCCGAUUUUGUACAACGUGGGCAUCGCUUCCACGGCGUGGCAGUGGGCUUCGGAGUUCUUCCGAGAGCUUGCGGCCCAGAAGUUGGAGUCGACCGUGGUAACCGAGAACUCGGCGAUCGCCUCAUUGGCCAAGGCCGGCCAGUGGCAGACGGCUUUGGCUUUCGCAAGCCGCAGAAUUGACGUGGUUGGCUACGGCGCCAUGGCAAAUGCUUGCGAGAGGGGCCAUCGCUGGCCUUGGUCUUUGCAGGUUUUGCAGUGCAUGCAGAAGCAGCGCCUCAGAAGAAACAUCAUUACCUGCAAUGCGGGGCUUGGUGCUUGCAAGGAAUCUGGGCAGUGGAAGCUGGGAAUUGGAAUGUUCAAGGAGCUGCAGCAUGAGUCUUUGAAGCCAAGCGUGUCAACUCAGAGCGCGCUGGUCAGCACGGUGGCCUCUGGUGGCUUGUGGAGGGAAGGAUUGCUGCUUGGAAGGCCAUUGGGGGAGGCAACUGUGGAGCCCACGGUGAUCGCCGAGAGUGCGGCCAUCACUGCUUGUGAAAAGGGCACCCGCUGGGAGGUUGCCGUGACCAGCCUUCAGCGCUUGCACUGUUGCCGACUUCGGGCAACGGAGACCACGUACAGCGCGGCGGUGAGUGCCUGUGAGAAGGGCGAGCAAUGGGAACGCGCCGUCUCCAUACUGCAGGUGCUUCUGGGCUGGGCUGCUGAACUCGGUGAGGUGGCGUUCAAUGCGGCGAUCUGCUCCUGUGAGACGACCGGGCGCUGGCAGGUGGCGCUUGCUUUGCUGAGUUCGGUCAGCUCACAGCUUGAAGCCAGAGUCAAUAGCUACAGCGUGGCCCUCAGCGCUUGCAAAGACUUUCGAUGGCGAAGCGCCCUGUCACUCUACGCCUCGAUGUCGACAAAGCGGCUGGAGCCGAGCUUGAUCGCCUGCAACGCCGCGCUCAGCUCCUGCGCGCGAGGCAGGCAGCCGCAGCUGGCUUUGGGGCUGUAUCGCAGCAGGCCGUCAGGCACCUCGGAGGUCACGUUCAACGCCUUGGCCGAAUGCGCUGAAUGCGACACACAGAUCUUGCCCUGGAUCCUGCAAGAGCUUCAUGACCACCGAUUUCAGAUGACCGUGGUCACCUACAACCUGGUUCUUCGCUCAUGUCAGCCGCUGCGCUGUGACAAGGACAGUCACGAAGGUCUCAGAAGACUAUGGAGCUCCAUUCGGUCCCGAAAUCCCGCCGACCUUUCUUUGAGCCGGCAAGUCUUCUCGCGCUGGUCAGACGUUGCUGCUGAUCAGUUGCGGCAGGUGGUGAUCUGGAUUUUUGCACUGCCAGGCAAGACGGUUGCAGAGGUGGAGAUGGAUUUAGCCGAGCAGUACUUCGACAUACUGCGGCAGGUGGGUCUCAGCGACACGUGCCGAGCGAGUGUGGAAAGUCUAAUCUUACAAGAGAGUGCGGCAAGUGACAUCAAAGAUGCACCGCAUGGCUUUUGCGUGAUCCCAUACAUAGCGGCAGUGCUGCGCUUGAUUCAGACGGAACACAGCAAGUUCUACCUGGAUCAUCUCUGCUCCUUGCUCCGAACGGAGGGCGGCUUGCACUGGGCUUUGAUGGUUCUCUCCUUCCCCUACGACGUGACCAACGUGGUGGAGCAGCUCCUCCGCACCCUCGAGGCCAACCAGGCGCGAGCCUGUGCCAUCCGCAGCCCUUCGGCCUUCUUUGGGCCGUCCGCGGCGUCCGCGCCGUCUGGCGCGCCGUCUGGCGCGCCGAAGGCUCGGCCCGCGCCUGUGGCGCCUUUCCGCACGGCGCUUCUGUCAAGUCACAUCUGGGCUUGGGACAGUCUGAUGGCCAGCCGCGAGGCAGCAAUCGUGGAAGGGCUCGCUUGGGAGGGCUUGAUUUUGGGCUACACGCUCGCUGACAGAUUCGAAGUUGCGAAAGAGAACUGUUUCAAGAUUCAAGAGUUUAUGGGCAUGGGAAGCCGGCCAUUGUGCCAGGGUGGCCACUGGAUCACGGUCAUGAUGGAUCUUUGCACAGACGAGGGCAUCGGAACAGAAAACGGGUGCUCGAUACAUGCUGUUAAAAGGCACUUGCGUGCCGCACGUGAAGAAGUGCCUUUCUUUCGGGAAGCAGAUCUUUUGAUUUGUAGCUAUCCAUAUGCAUUGUGUCCUAUUGUGGGCACGUACGAGGGCUUUGAAGGCACUGCAGUGAUGGUGGCUGUGAAGGGGGCCGGAAGUCUCACGGAGUACGCAGACGCUUCUCUGGUUCCGUGGCUGCUCAGUAUUUACAGACGUUGGCUAAGCGAAGAUAGCGGCGGCCUGCGGCAGGUCACAUUUGCGGACCGCAUGGACCCUGUGCUGGUCGAAGCCGCGUUUGGAGAGUCAGCUGAGUGGGUGGACUUUGGGGCGCGCUACGCCUUGGAGCUGGCUGGGGGGAUCAGAUGCGACCUCCGCGACCUCCGCCCAACGCGUUCCGGGAGUUUGCUGAUUUGGCGGUUGCAGGCGGCCUUCCCAGCGCAGGAGGCAUUGGCGUCCCAGCUGCUGCUGACAACGACGCUGCGUGAGAUGACAGUCUGGUCCAUUGACGUCAUGGAAGAGACCUGGCAGUUUCGCUACGCAGAGCUGCAUAAGUAUUCGGCAGUUCUUCAGAUUCCUUGGGAUUUUGCGCUGGUGUCAUUUCUGGAGCUUUUGGUUUUGGGCAUACCGGUGCUUCUUCCAGGGAGACGUUUCAUGCAGAACUUCAUCACCACAGUCUACUGGUCCAGACAAAACAUCAGCGCGUGGAAAGAGACUUGGAAGCAACGCUUUAUUCAGCUCAUUCCCGAACCUUGGGAGGGAUUUGGGUUUGGCAAGUCCAACAAGACCAUGGGGAUCGAUGUGCGCAGCAAGACCAGCAUGUUGGAUCAAGUGUCUUUCUGGUGGAAAUAUACCGAGUUUGAGAGACACCGCUGGGUGAAGCACUUCAGCAGCGUCACAGAGCUUGCGACGAUUCUCCAAACCAUUGACACGGGCGUACUUUGCUCAAAGCUAGCAAAGGAAACUAAAGCCAAGCUGGCGCGGAGCUUGGCUGUUCAUCGGAGGGAUUUCUGGGCUCGCUUGGGACGCCUCAUGUUUUACCAUGUGCUGCUGGCCGCUUUGCUGCGGCGAGCAGUUGCGCCUAUGUACGUAGGACAUGUUGACAUUCAACAUUUUGAAGCAGGGCAGUUUGCCGAUCAAGCUGGGUCUGUCGGCGUUGCGAGUCAUUGCUCCUGUCAAUGGGCGGACAACUUGAAUUUCCGGCUGCUGCAGACGGCGCAGGGAGUUUCCGCUUCUGACGCGAUGCCCACGUGUGGAAGUGCUGUCGGCUUCGGAUGGCGGCUGGUGCGCAGAUCAGCCGCAAAUAUCUUUCCUGAAAGGGAUGACUUAUCUGGACGAAGCGAACAUGGCCAUGCCCACGGAGACCCUCUGGGGACCCCCUUCAGCAAGCGCUUCCUCGAGGCCUCUUUCGAUGAGUUCUUGUUUUCUACAGGCGACUGCAAGGAGUGGGUGGUCAUGAGGAGGGAGGAGGUCCGGAGAUUGGUAAGGCAUUGGAAGAGGUCAAAUCGGAGCGGGGUGAGUUGGAUUUCUUCAGACUCAGAGGACAUGUGCGCGGCUUUAUACCGAGAGGGCCGUCAGGACCUUUGCGGGCGCAGGGGGCUGGGAAGCCGGCAUGGCGGGCUGAACGUCUUUGUCCGGGAUGCGCCUUCUCCAGCCUCGUGGGGCAUUUGCGGCAGUUUGGGGGUGACAGACCUCAAGAAUUCGGAGGCUUAUCCAGCAGGCCUUGUGAUUCGCUGGGGCCAGUGCAAACAGGCACAUCUUCUUUGUCUGUUGCUGAGAUUGGCACGCUUCAAGUUUCUGCAAGCAAAGGCCAACGCGUCUCAGCAUGUCGAGAAUUUGCCGGCGCGGCAGCUGGAGCAGCUAGUGCUUGGGCUCAGCAUUUCUGUUCGAGGCUGCCUCUAUGGGAGUCUUUGGGCGCCUGUCCUGUGGCGACUUCUCCAAGUGCCUGGCUUGCAGUCCUUGCGUGCCAGAGUUGUGCGCAGGUCCGGGCUGAAUGGUACAGCCGCCCUGCAGUCCUUUGCGCAAAUGCCAUGGGAUGAGGUGUUUCAGCGGUGCAGCUCACCGCGGACGUCGCGAUGUUGGGAGGAGAUGGUGGGCUGGCUUAGCUUUGAGUCCUCAUGCCUUCUUUGCUGCAAUCCGAUCUUUGGCCCCCGCGGUUUUACCGAAUGCUUUGAUGAGAAGUUCACCUUCGAGUUGUGCUGCUCGGGCCUUCCGCACAAACUCGAGCCUUGGGUUCGAGAGCUCAAUGAGUCUACAGCGGAAGCUUUGCUGAGAGCGGUCCCUAGAACCUUGCAAACUGUGCAUCAAUGGCGUGGUGCAGUCGCAGAGGUCGACUUGGUCGAAGUGGAACGCGAAGUGCAAGCAGGGUGCAAAGGCUUUCAGAACACGAGCAAUGAAAGCGCUGACACGCUGCUACGUCUUUCCGCUGAAGAGAUCCGCAGUUUUCUGGAAGAGGGGUCCGGACAAGGCAGUCACAACGACUCCGUGGGCUUGGAUGGCCCAGAGCUCUUGUUUCAGGCGGGGAUGCUUUGUUCCCAGGGCUGUUGUUCGACUUCGGAGCUGUCCUGCGCGGUGAAGCAGCGCUCCUUCCUGGGCCGCUUCGCCGCGUUGCCCUGUGCCGCUCCCAUCCGCAGCUGCGAUUUCUACCGGGGCUCGGACCGCGUGGUGCGGGCCCAUGCGCUGCUGCCUUCAUCGUUGCCGCCGCGAAAUGCGGCGUGUCAGAUGCGUUUCGUGGGCACCGCGGUGCUUCUGACGCAGCCGGGCUACGAGAACUCUGGCCACGCCCUGUCCGAGGUUGUGGCUUUGCAUGAUGCGUCCAUCGUCAUCACAGUCUACAGCACAGAGCACCACAUAGCUUCUGCCUUUAUGCCGGAGCAAGCUGCCAUGGUGAUGCUGAACACCAGGCCCCGACGCAAAGGACCUCGGGACCAGGCCUUGAGAGAAAUGGUUCAGUUGCGAAGCGAUUUGCGGAACUUUGUACGCCAAAGCAGCCAAAACCGACGGAGACGGAGCCAGAAGCAGAGCCAGAACUAG